AUGACAUUUGAAGAAAGCGAUAGCCAUCACACUGGCAAAGUGAUAGGAUCACCCCACCCAGUAGCCACACAGAUGAGGACCAUGAUUCAUCCAUGUGUAGAUCCACCAUUGUGUGACAGUUGUACACGUUUGGAGCUCUCGUUCUUUGAUCCACUAUGUCCAGGCUGCAGAGAGAUUCUAAUGAAUCCCAGCACAACAAUUCCUGAGAUAUAUGCCAUCAUGAGACAGUGGACACCUCAGACCCAACAGUCUCUAGCACUGUUAGUGGACGAGAUCUUGAAACGAGGAGCAAAUAUCAAUGAUCGAGAUGGUCUGACAGAUAUGACCCUUUUGCACUAUGCUAGUAAGUCAGGAGCAGCAGGAAUUGGUGAUCCAGAAUCGGCCAUGCGCAUCGUCUCCAUGCUUAUUGAUGCUGGCGCUGAUGUGAACAUCAGAUGUCGAUGGACCAAUAUGACUGCCCUUCACUAUGCUGCUUACUUUGAUGUAGUACCUGUACUCAAAAUCCUGCUCAAAGCUACAAAAGCUUUAGACAUUGACAACACAUGUUCUGAAUUUGAACAUGGCACAGCCCUUCACAUUGCUGCCUCUAAUUUAGCACAUGAGGCAUGCAAGAUCUUACUGCAGAAUGGUGCAAAUCCAUCACUAAAAGACGACUUGGGUAGAAUGCCUGUUGACUGUGUGCCCGAUGCAAGUUCCUUAGAGGAAGAUUCAAACAUGUUGCAGUUGGUAGCAAAAGUGAAGAAAACACUGAGUGAAGCUCUCCCUCCAUCACAAAAACAGCUUCCACCAAACUAUGACUUUGUCCAAAGUAAAGUGACAUUGCAGGUGUUGGGUCUGGCUCUUGGAGAUAAAAUUCUGGUUGGAGGUGUAAAGAAUGGAAUUCUUCGAUACUGUGGGCCAACUGAGUUUGCUCCAGGUUUGUGGGCUGGAGUGGAACUAGAUGAAUCCUCAGGGAAAAACAAUGGCAGUGUUGGUGGUGUCAGCUAUUUUAUUUGCCCCAGUAAUUGUGGAAUUUUUGCUCCCAUAAGUAAAAUCACAAAGCUUGGUGCAGUUCAGAGGUCCCAGACGCCCCCUGUUACCAAAAGAUUAUCCAGAGAUUUUGCUUCAAUAGACUUGUCGAGAGUCUCUGCAAAAGUGAACACAGGUUUGUUCAAGCAUGCCUCUGUAGAUACAGAAAUGAUUGAGGUCAAUGACAGAGUAGUUGUUGCUGGACAGAGGAAAGGAACUGUACAGUUUAUUGGGGAAACACAUUUUGCUCCUGGCAUAUGGUAUGGGAUAGAACUUGACAGACCAGUUGGAAAAAAUGAUGGGUCGGUUGGUGAUGUGCGCUAUUUUUCUUGCAAGGCCAAGCAUGGGGUGUUUGCACCACUCACCAGAAUACAGAAAUUGGGUGACAGGACAUUCAGUUCCAGUGAGUCUCUAGAUACUAUCAGCUGGGGCGCUGUGUCUGAGAAACUAGACAGAAGAUUUGCUGCUACUAUGUCAACUCCUCAUCGAACUCCAUCAAAGUCACUAAAACAGCAUAAUUUAAGUCUUUCCCGCACACCUGGCCAGAGUCCAGCACAGAUAUUGGAGCCUGGUGCUACAGUUUUGUGCAACAAUGAACUAGGUGUCAUCCGGUACAUAGGACCAACAGAGUUUGGUGAAGGAACUUGGCUGGGAGUAGAACUACGCAAGCCGAAAGGAAAGAAUGAUGGCAGUGUGCAAGGCAAGCGUUAUUUCACCUGCCCACCUAACUGCGGUCUACUUGUGAAACCCAGCAGAGUUACAGUGCGAGGCAUCAACGGGGCUAAAAUCUUGGCCGAGCAGAAUGCAGCAUUAAUUAGCACUCAGAUGGUUGGCAGAACCAGCAGAAGUAGUGAGAACUUACAUUGGAGCCGAUCAAGCAGUCGAGAAGGUUCACUUGUCAAUGGAACUGAUAGUAAAGAAAAACUUUAA